UCCUCAAAAUGUCACUAAUAUUCUUCGUGCUUCUCUUCUCUGGAGCGAAGACAGAAGAAGCAACGCCGUCCUCUCUGCUCAGUCCCCGUCACUUCAACCACCACGCCUUCGCUGCGAAGUAUGGCCAGGACUUCAGAGUUCCUGAGACUACCAAGCAAGGCCCAGUGCUGUUCCCUAACGACGCGCCGCCGCCCCCACGGCCUCCCCUCAUCGUGACCUCCCGUCCUCUCCUGGAGUCCAUAGCCAGGAGUGACCUGAACCCCGACCCUCAGAACAACACCAUCCCCCAGGGCACGCAGAUCAGCUCCAUCAUCAAGCCCUUCCUGGCCAGGGUGAAGGAUUACCGGCCGUUCGCGUAUGCGAUAGCCACGCCGCCGACCCAGGACUAUGAUUAUGAGAGAUAUGAUGAUUAUGAGCACCAGAAACCCGUGCUGCCGCCGAUCUACAAAGCUAUAGCUGACCACGCCAAGCAGAAGGUCGUCAAGAUACAGCAGCAGAGGCAGAAGGAUCGGUAUGAAUACCAGCAGGUUAAGGCUCCCGACUACUACAAUCAUCAUCACAAGAGCAAUGAUAUUGACAGUCACGAUGAAAGUGAUGGCAAUGAUGAGCAGAACAAAAACUACGCGUUCUCAUACCGCGUGAAAGACCAGAAGACCGGUGACGACUUCUCUCACCGACAACACAGUAAAGGGUCGGCCACCAACGGAGAGUACCGGGUUCGACUCCCAGACGGGCGUAUGCAGAUUGUUUCCUACACAGCCGACGAAAACGGCUACCAAGCUGAUGUCAGAUACGACGACGAAGAUAAAACUUCUGGCAAUAGCAUAGAUAACAAUAAACAUAACUAUAUCUAUAACCAAAAUGAUAAUUAUCAACAUAAUAAUAAAAUAAACGAUCAUCACAACUUUGACGAUCACCAAACAUACGACAGACACAAUUACGAUUACAAACACAAUGAUUACGACAAAAACAAAUACGAUCAUGAUUACAAUCAGCAAAGUGAUUACAAAGCUGAUUACAGAACUGAUGUGAAGGGUCCAAGCAAUGAUUAUUAUAAUCAAUACUCUGACGGGUCUAAAGAGUAUUAUAAUGAUGAUUUCUCUAAAGAGUUCGAAAGCAAAAGUUAUGAUUAUGCUCCUCACAAAAGCAAAUUCUCUUCUUUCAUUGAAGACCAAAAUACUAAUGUUAACCAAAAUUUAAACAAUAUAGGAUCUGUAUCUACAGUUAAGCCUUCUUACGAAGAACUAAAAGACUUACUAGUAACCAAAAAUGCAUACAAUACAGUACAGCCAUCAUAUUUUACCAGAGCACCAGUUUCAAUAAACGUACCAUCUACUACCCCUAGUUCUUUAAACUUUGGUUCUACCACAGAAAGGGUUGUUUUAAUAGGCGGUAAGAAGACGAAUUUCUAUACAAAUAUUAGGAACGUGCCCCUAGUAAGCACCGUUCCAGUAUCAGUGACAGAAUCACCUGUAAAAUAUGGAACAGCUAGUGAUUUUUCGGUAUCGCCAACACCUAUGAGUUAUUUGGUAUCAACUAUAGCUAGUUUGAGAAAUAAAGUAGAUUUAUCUGGACCGAAACCGGUUUUGUCUAACAGUUAUAUUGAUAGAAUUAAUAAAUAUUUAACUUUUAACAAGUAAUUUAGAAGUUUAGAAGAAAAUAUUUCGCAGUUUAGAGUCAAUGGGCU